AUGGCCUUCAAGGCUGCCUGUUUCCUAACUUUCCACACUUUUUUCCGACUUGCAUUCGCUGUGCAGAAGCGAGACAACAAUGUUUACAGCAUUAGCAGCCUCGUAGAUGUUCCUGAUUCUUCCGGCGGCUUCACUGUAACGACAAGUCUCAAUCUGUCCAAUCCUGUCAAUGCCACUGGCAAAGUGUACAACGCCGAUGGGACCUACAACGUCACCACAGGCUACAUCAGUUACGUCGAAUGCAACAACACGCAAACCACGCAAUUGCUCCAAGCGCUCAAUGACGCAGUAUCUUUGGCCUCAGAAUCACUAAGCAAAGGCGAACUGAAGAGAGACGCAAGUGGCACCGUUGACUUCACUUCUCAAGCCGCGAUCGACUAUUUCGGGCCUCCAGGUCUCAAUCAGCCGUUUCAAUCAAACAUACAAGCCACUUUACAAAAGGCCGCACUAGCCUAUCCCGGUUUGGGUGUCGGAGAUUGGUGGAACAACCGAUAUGUGAUUCUCAGCUGUAAAGAUAUUGAAGCUACGUGCUCGGAAACUGUCACCGCUUAUUACGGAGUGCAAAAACGCGGAUACCUCUACCCAAUGAUCGCGUUUUGUCCUAAUUGGUUUGCUCUGCCAUCGCAUAGAAGCCUGUGGACUUACGUGAAGAACAAUCGAGAGUAUCAAGACAACGUCUCAAAUCUGCGAAGUAAAGGCGAUGACCAAGUUAUCGAGCUCGGCUGGCCGAGAGCACCAGAGCAGGUUAAGGUCUACGGGCCAGGGUUGGGUAAGCUCCUAGCGGAGAUAGAGCCCCAAGGCCUUGAGCUUGCCAGCAAAAACAAUGAUAACUAUGUCUAUUAUACACUAGCGAACUUGAUGUACAAGAAUUUUGGAUCAUAUCCCCAGUACCCUCGAGCCUGGCUACGCUAUCUCAGCAAAGCGGACAAUAGCGUGCGAGAGCAAUAUGACAAUGACAGAUCUGUCAACGGCCAAUCCGUCAACACUUCCGUCACUGGUGAUGCUGUGGUUUCCGACCCUGCGCAACCCGUCACACCUGCAAUCCCCUCCGCCCUUAUCCCGGCAUCAGACUAUCCUGUAGCGUACCGCUCUGUUCUGGCUGUGAAUGAGGGUAACGAUUUGUCCUCUCCGUCCACCUCCUUCACCACGGGGACUUCAUCAUCACCAGCGCCACACCUACCUACCGCUGCCACAUCCACCGCUGCCACUGCCCAGCCCUCACUGGCGCUCAUCAUCUACCGCCGUGACGCCGUCGAGAACAGCCGUUAUACGCAGGUACGCACGAGCUGGGCACUUGAAUACGACACCACGCCGAACGACUGGGAAUUCAGCACUUGCGAGGGAGUGACCCCAACUUACGAACAGAAAUACCCUAAGUACGAAGGUGGCGUCACUACCGACUACCCAAUAAAUCUUGGGCCAUUUAGUCCCCACAAUCUAGAGAAUUGCGUCUACAAUGGCACUAACAGUGUUGUUGGGAGGCUGAAGUGUAACGAUGGUGUCGACUUGCAAUGCCUAACUCCUUUGGGGAAAAACACGGUACAGUCUUGCGGAUUCGAUACUGACACGGCGAUUGUCUAUGCUGAGUGGUGA